UUUGUGAUUCUACUCAAAACAGAUUUUAUUUUUUUGCUGUGAUUAUCUUGAAUAUUUUCCUCGUUUUCAACUUAAUUUAAAAUGAAUGAAGCGGGCCCCAGUACGCAAAAGGACGAUCCAGACGAUGACGAUCCAGUAGUACGAGAGAUACCAAUAAUCCAUGCCAAAAAACUCGAAGAGAUGCUAUACCUCUUUCAAUUUCCCUUCAAAAGAAAAAAUUGCACCGACGAAGAAGUAAUUAAAAAGUGCAAAUUUAAACCAGAAAAUCAGGAAGUCAUGUUGGAAAUGGCUAUCAACACAGAGUCACCAAAUUUUGAUUCAGGUAGAGCAGAACUAAUAGCCCACGAAAUCGAUGGCGACAUUAAUUCAAAAACAAGAAAAGAUAAAAAUAUUUAUUUCGAAAAUGAAAUUGUCGACAAAGUAUUUCUUAAGUCUAGUCAAUGUGUUAAAGAUGGCGAUAAUUAUGCUGUAGCGGCGUUCAAUGGCAAGGAAAUACAUUUGACUUCAAUUAAAGAAAUCUAUCAAUUUAGACCACAUUUUCCCUAUUUGGAUAAAGGAUUGCAAAAGAAAAAAGACAUAUUGAAUAAUGCUGAUUCAGAUGACGAAAAAGCUGGCCCUAGUAAAGCAGAACAUGUUACAGUGAAAUUUAAACAAUCACAAGAUUCUGAUAAGAAGCAGCUACAAGAAAUGUCAUAUCAAGCCUUACAAGCUAAAAAAGACCAAGAACCUUGGAUUGAAUGCACUUGGCAUGAUGAAAAUAGUACUUUUAGCAAUGUUGAAAGAUUAAAGCUUAUAUCAGACAACCUAUUCGAGACUGGACAAGCUCAAAGUCUAAGCAAACAAGAAUAUCUAAAACUACUAAUCCCUGCAGAUAAAGAACAAACUCCUUUAGAGCCAACUUUACCAAGUCACGUAUUAUCUUUACACGCUUUGAGGGGUUUACCAUUGCAAGAACAAUGCAAGCUUUUGCUCAAAGAAGCUCAAAUCAUUCAAUUCCAGCAAUUAUUGCUGCUAUUAGCAGGAGUUGAAGGCGUUUCAGCCGAAUCUGUAAUUAAAAACCUUCAAAAAGUUGCCGUUUUGGUUAGAGGCAAUUGGGUUGUAAAAUCUGAAGUUUUAUAUCCUGAUAAUACGUUUUCUGCCAUUAGUGGAGUACCUGCAGAGUUAAUGUGUAGAGCUAGAGAUUAUAUUUUAUAUUUAUUCACAAAACAUCAAUAUGUAGAAAGAACAAAAGUUUCUUCAUUAUUAAAAAUUCCUACUGAAGAAGUUAAGGAAAUUUUCUCAGGUGUAUCUAAACUGCAAACGCACAACAAGGGUUGGGAAUUAUCAUUGCCAACCGACCAAGACUUUAUUACUAAACAUGCUGAAUUGGUGCAAAGACAAAAUCUCUUUUGGGAGCACCGUUAUCAUCAAUUGAGCCUGUUUCUGAACCAACCUAGUAGGCCGAGACAUAAAAGUAAGAGUGCCUCAGAAAGUGAUGGAGGAGGAGGGAAAACUAGAAAUAGUAGCAUUAGUUGUUCAGAUAAUGAGUCUGGUACAGAAGGCAAAGGCAAAUCACCAAUAGUUGCCCGGAAAUUGGUAAAGCAAGAUCAACUGGCCAAUGGGGCACUUCCUGAAAGUUUGACAGCUACGUGAAACUAUAUUUUUGUUUAUUUAUUGACUAUUUAUUUAAAUGUUGUUGCAGUCUUGAAUACCUCGGAAUUGUUAAAAAAAAAAAAAAAUGUUAUUUGUUAUAUUUUUGUUAUAAUUGAUUGAGCGAUAUUUCUUAUAUUGUUUUUGAAAUAAUGUAAUUAUUGGAUAAAUUA